CUAUUAUAAAUAGCCCGGAAGUCGGUCUAAGCAAGAUACUAUUUCUGAUCCUAAACAGUGGUGUUAACUAGGGACGGAGAUCCAUGGCAAGCUCUGCUUAUGCUAACUUACAUGCAAUUAAUGGGUCUUUUCAAACCCAUUUCAUAUCUCACAGCUUUAAUCACCUGAAAACCUCUCUUUCCUUGACUGUUAAGCCUCUACUCAAAGAGCUGGAGAAAUUUUCAUUGAUAAAGGUGGAUGUGUCUAAAAACAUGAAAAACGCUUCUGGGAAGUUGUUAGAUGCACUCAUGAACUCCAUGUUCCAAUUCGUGGACCAACCAUUGCUUCCAUCUCAGGAAAACUUUGCUCCAGUUGAAGAGAUUGGAGACCUUGUUGAGGUCAUCUGCACUGAAGGAGAAAUUCCCGCUGACUUUUCUGAGGGUGUGUUCAUAAGAAACGGAAACAAUCCUUUAUUUGGAGGUCUGAAAUCCGCAGUUUCAAUUUUUGGGCAAUCAAACCAGACUUGGGUAGACGGAGAAGGAAUGCUUCAUGCAGUAUACUUUAAAAAAGAUCCAAAUGGAAGUUGGAUUGUCUCGUACAAGAACAGAUAUGUUGAGACAGAAACAUUUAAGCUAGAGAAACAAAUGAAUAACAAGCCAUGUUUCUUACCAGUCCUAGAAGGAGAUGCUUCAGCAGUUUUAGCAGCGCAGCUUCUAAAUGUGUUGAGAUUUGGCACAGUCAAUAAAUACUUUAGCAACACCAAUGUUUUUGAGCACUCAGGAAGGGUUUACUCGAUUACAGAGGAUCACCUGCCUCAAGAGGUGGACAUCUCAACCUUAGAAACUCUUUCUGAUUGGGAUGUCAAUGGUGCUUGGGAUCGACCUUUCACUAGCCAUCCAAAGAAAGCUCCAGGUUCCGGAGAGUUAGUCAUGAUGGGGACAGCUGCAAAGAAACCUUACUAUGUUCUGGGGGUUAUUUCUGCUGAUGGAAAGAAAUUGCACAAGGCUGAUCUCAAAUUCAAAAGAAGCGUCCUCAGCCAUGAUAUAGGAGUCACGCAGAAGUACAAUGUAAUCAUUGAUCACCCCCUUACCAUGGAUAUAAAGAGACUUGUCAUGGGUGGCCCAUUAAUGAAGUAUGAAACGGAAGGGUAUGCGAGGAUUGGAGUGAUGCCACGUUAUGGUAAUGCAGAGUCAGUCAAAUGGUUUGUGGUACAAACCAAUUGCACAUUUCACUUUCUCAAUUGCUUUGAGGAGGACAAUGAGGUUGUUGUGGUGAGGGGAUGUAGGGCUCUCACAUCUCUCAUACCAGGUCCUGAUGAACGAGUUGGUAAUUUUGGUAACAAGUUUGAGUGGUUCUCCAAGGGGUUCAAUUUUGCACAUCAUGAUGAUUCUGCGGCAGAUGAUGAUGCUGGAACCGGAUAUUUCUUUGCUCGUGUAUAUGAAUGGAGACUGAACAUGGUGUCUGGGGAAGUUGAGGAGGAGAAAAAUUUAACUGGAACUGAAUUUGCCAUGGAAUUUCCUUUUAUCAACGAACGAUACACUGGUUUAAAACACAAGUAUGGUUAUACUCAAGUCAUUGAUUCUGUGGCAAGCUCUAACUCUGGCUUGGGUAAAUUUGGAGCUCUAGCAAAAUUAUAUUUGGAUGAUCAAUCACAUUCCACACCAUCUGGGGAUCAGGAGGAAAGAUGUAGCGAUCAGCAGUGGAUAAAGGUGGAAUACCAUAAGUUUGAGGAGAACAACUUUUGCAGUGGAAGCGUUUUUGUGCCUAGACAUGGAGGCAUAGAGGAAGAUGAUGGUUGGAUUGUCACUUUCGUCCACAAUGAAAACACUCAUGUAACCCAAGUUCAUGUAAUUGAUGCAAUGAAGUUUCAGAGUGAACCGAUUGUGAAAAUCACAUUGCCACAGAGGGUGCCAUAUGGUUUCCAUGGGACUUUUGUGUCAAUGCUUAAUUAGUCAAUAUUAGUAUUAGGCAUGGCAUAGCUUCACAGAGUCCCAUGCAUAUUCAUACUCUCUAGUCUAAGGAAACUUCGCCAAUACAAAGGACUGAAACAGAAAAAGAAAAUUACACUUAGUCGGGGACAUAAACUUUGUACUUAGUCCUGUGCACAUGUGACAGGUGACAGGUUUCAUUAGAUUAGAGACUCUGGCAGUCAAGUUUGUUAAAGUUCUCAUAUUGUGAGUGAAAGAUAAGAGUGGUUAGUCUUGUUAUUAAGGAGUACUGUGGUUAACAAGCAUACGUUCCUUUGUACGUAAUUGUAUCUGUAAGCAUCUUCCUAUGCACAUGGAAAUCAUCAGUUUAUCUCUAUGUUUCAAUC